AUGUCCGACCUUGAAGAAAAGCCGGACGAAAUCGUGGAUGUGAGUGACGAAUAUCAAUUGCAUCAAGACGAUGAUAGUCAACACAAUGAGGUAGACGGUAUUGAGUUAGUUGUAAGUGUUGUGAUUGUGGUUGGUAAUGUUUUUUUAUACUGUAGAACCUUUGUAUAACAUUUUUUUAUUAAUUGUAAAAAGCUCGUUUAAAACAAAAAAUAUUUAAAAAAUUGUUAUACAUAGGUUUUACUGUAUUUUUUAUAUUAUUAUAGUGUUAGUGUUGGUAUUUACUUUAUUUUUUAGUAUUUUAUUGUACUUUAUACUCAUUUUUUUGGUAUUGCAGCCUGCGCCUUGUGUUAAAUGUAGGGCGCGAGCUGCAAAUUGUUAAAUUAUGUUUUAAUUUAAAAUUUUAAAAUUUAUUACAUUUCAUUUAUAUUCAUGCAAAUUUUGACAUUUUUAAUUUAAAAUUUUAUUUUUUUUCAAAAUUUAAAAAAAUUGAAAUUUUUGAAAUUUUUAUUAAAUUUUAAAAUUUCCAGUUAGACGAAGUGAUUCAACGACGGGAUCGUGCUCAAAGUGUGAAUGACAUAUCAAAAUGUCAGGUUUUGUCAUACUCGAUUGGGCAUUUCUACAACGAUUUGUGUUCAAGCUUGUGGUUCACCUACUUGAUGAUAUAUUUGGAAAAGGUGGUCAUGCUGCAACAUUCAUUGGCAGGAUUGUUAAUGUUAAUUGGACAGGUAUAUUAGUUUUAUAUAUUUUUUUAAUUUUAGGUUAAAAAAUUUUCCUACUUGCUCUUUCUUUCGUUUUAACCGGACACUGAGAUUGAAACUGAGUCAAAGCCUAAGCCUGACUUAAGCCUGAGCUUGAGUUUGAGCCUGAGCUAGCCUUAGCCUAGCUUUAUCCUUACCGUCAGGGCCGGGCGGGGACUUUGGGUCCGGGGGCACAGGUGUGCCGAUUUUUUCCGAAAAUCCACAGAACGGACCACGUUCAACUUUUUUCAAAAAAUUUUUUUUUGGAGGGGGAGGGGUACCCCCGUUCCCCCCCCUCGCGCCCGGCCCUGCUUACCGUACCUUUGGUUUUAUUCUAGUCUUAGUCUUUUUGUCUUCUAAUUAGGCUUUACUUAGGUUUAGCCUUACCUUUAGAUUUAUAAAAUUUUUUAUUUUACUUUUAUAAUGGCAUAUUAUUUUAGGUAACUGAUGCCAUUAGCACACCGAUAGUUGGUCUGUUGAGUGACGCUUCAAUUUUGCCUGGAUUCUUAUGCAAAUUUGGACGGCGAAAGUCGUGGCAUAUUAUUGGUAUGUUGUUUAUUAGUUUUUUAUAGUAUAAAACGUUUAAAACAGUAAAAAUUUAACAUUAUAAACUUUACUGUAACAACACUUAUUAUUGUACCUUAUCGUGUUUUAUCUUACUUUACUUUUUCUUGCCUUUUUCUUUUCUAUCCUUUUUUGUGGUUUUUUACUAUACUCUAUCCUAUCUUUUCUUAACAUAACCUACUAUUUUUUGAAAAAAUUACAAUUUAUAAACUUUUGUAUUUUUAAAAUGACUUUUUUUUUUAAUUUAGGCACAUUUUGUGUGACAAUUUCAUUCCCAUUCAUAUUCGGAGGAUGUUUAUUAUGUACUGGACAUUCGAUCAACUGGAUCAAGGUGUUAUGGUUUGCUCCGUUCAUUGCUCUUUUUCAAUUUGGAUGGGCUGCUGUUCAGGUAAAAACUAUACCUAAUGACAGUAGCAAAACCUACCUUACCUUACCUUUUAUUUAUGUUUAGAUGUGUAAAAUACGUUGACUUCAACAGACGUUUUGAUAUAUUAAACAACUUAAAUAUUAUUUUAGAUCUCUCAUCUGGCCAUGAUCCCAGAGCUGUCAGAGAACCCAAGUCGUCGUACGUCAAUGAAUUCGUUGAGGAAUGCCUUUGCUGUCAUUGCCAACUUGACCAUAUAUCUUGCAGUUUUCUUUUUGCUAAAUGCUGAUAAGGAUUUAGGUAUCAAUCCUAAUGAUCUGAUUCAGUUUAGGGUAGGUUAACAUAUCUUUGUUUUAAAAAAAAAAUUUUUAAUGCCAUUUUAGAUUAAACUAGGUGUUUUACUCCAUAUUUUUUAAAAGUUUAAUCUUAGUCUUAGCUUGUGGCUUAGUACUAGCUUCAUAGUUUUAGUUUUAAAAACGUCGGGAGACAAAAUAUGUUACGGUAGGAGUACUGUAACAUAAAAUUUUUUUUUAUUUUAAAAUUUUUUUUAUUUUAGGAAGUCGGACUAGGAGCAGUAGUAGUUGGCUUUACUGUCACAGCCGUAUUUUACCUGUUUGUGAAAGAAAAAGCGUUUACAAGAAUGACAUUAUCAACAUUGUCUCUACAAUCAGAUGCUUCAUCACUGAUUCAGAUGAGCUGGAAGAACUGGUUUAGUCAUAUCGAGUUUUAUCAGGUAAUCUUAUCUUACUCUACCUUAUUCUAUCGUACCCACCCUACCUUACCCUACCCUACCCUACCCUACCCUACCCUACCCUACCCUACCCUACCCUACCCUACCCUACCCUACCCUACCCUACCCUACCCUACCCUACCCUACCCUACCCCUACCCUAUCCUGCCCUGCCCUACCCUGCCCUGCCCUGCCCUGCCCUGCCCUGCCCUGCCCUGCCCUGCCCUACCCUAUCGUACCAUAUCCUACUUUACCCUACCCUACUCUAUCCUGCCCUACUCUUUUCUACUUUAUCUUACUCUACUUUACUUAACUUUAUCCUACCCUUCCCUAACUGACCUUACUCUAAUUUACCUUACCUUACCCUACUACUACCGCACUUAAUAGCACCAUGCUAUAUCCUACAAUACUCUAAAAAUAUUGUUCAAGGUAGCCUUCCUGUACAUGUUCUGUCGACUUUACAUCAAUGUAGCCCAGGUUUACUUUUCAUUUUACAUUACUGAUGUUAUGGAGUUGGAAAAGACUUAUUUGGCUAAAUUACCGUUGGUCAUCUACAUGUCAUCAUUUGCUGUUUCAUUGCUAAUGGGAGUGCCAAAGAUCAACAAAUUGUUUCAUAAAAAGGUAAAAUUUUGAAAAAAAAUUAAUAUUUAAAAAUUUCAAAUUUUAAAAAUUUUGAAUUAAAAAAAAAUUUUUUUUGAAGUUUUUAAAAAUGAAAAAAAUCAAUUUUAAAAAAUAUUUAAAAACCGUAUUUUAGGCACUGUUCAUGCUAGCUUCACUGAUUGGAGUAGCCAAUGGAGUUGUUAUUCAUUUUAGUACUAACAUCUUGUCAGUGUAUGUCAUUUCAAUUCUUCUUGGAGUAGUACAAGCUUUACUGUUAAUAUCAUCAUUAAGUGUGACUGCUCAAUUGAUCAAUCGGAAUACUGUAAGUUCAUUAUAAUGAGUACUGUGUGUUCAUUAUCUACUGAAGGCAUCUGGUUUUGACUCUACCUGCCCCCCCCCCUCCUCCCUCCGUCUAACUUGGCCUCCUUAACUAUUUAGCUUGAUUAUAUUACACUUCGUUAUAUCCAAACAGUCCCCAGUACUUUAUGAGUACGUAUACCAAGUUUGGUCCUAGUUGGUUCACUCAUAACCAUGUUAUAUGGGAGGAGGGUCAAAACUCUAUGCCUUCAGUGUAUUAAGAGGGUAAAAUACGUUUGAUCCAACAUUUUGACCAAAGUACAAAAAAUGAUACUAGCGUUAAUAUUUUAUAUAGGCUCUUACGUGUACUUGUAUUUCAAAAAUGGCACCGAAAACUUAUUUUACAGGAAAGUGGAGCAUUUGUUUACGGAGCAAUGAGCUUUAUGGACAAACUGUCAAAUGGCCUCGUUAUUCAAGUUGUACAGCUUUUGACACCGGAUUGCGAGUAAGUACCAACUCUAGCUCAGAGUUCAGAGCCCUAGCCCACAGCCCUAGCCCAGAGCCCUAGCCCAGAGCCCUAGCCCAGAGCCCUAGCCCAGAGUCCUGGCUCAGAGCCCUAGUCCAGAGCCCUAGCCCAGAACCCUAGUCCAGAGUUCUAGCCUAGAGCCCUUAGCUUUAGUCUUAACCAUAACGAUAGACUCAGGUUAUGUUAACCUUCCCGAUAGCCCUAGUUCUAGCUUUAGCCCUUGUUUAAGCGUUAACUCAGCUUUAUCCUAGCUUAAGCUUUCUCCUGGGUUUCAGGCUACAUCUAUAAAAUGAUCUGAAAGUUUUGUCGCUUUUGUAAAUGCAAACUAGUCCAAAUUGACGACAACUUUUUUAUUUGACUUUUUUCUAUUCUAUUAAACAAAAAAAUGAAAAAUAUAACUUUUGAUGCCAUUUUCAGUGUAAAAAGAGAUACAUCGUCGUCAGAAGCGUGUAAAGUAUUCUACAAAAAUGUUAUGAUUUAUGUUCCUGGAAGCUGUGUUAUCAUCGUUUUCCUGAUUUUAAUAUUUUUGAACACCAAAAAGCUUGGAGAACGGCUACGAAGGCAUAACAGUGAUGAUGAAUGUAAGUUUUGGACUUCUUUACUAUCAUUUUUACUGUAUAAUGACUAUACAUUGAUUGCACUGUGCAAAAUUUAUAAAACAAGCACGGUGAAAGACAUUUUAAUGCCAUAACAUAUUAAUUUUAAAAACAAUUUUCAGUAAGCACCUCCCAUUUGGUGCCGGACCACGAGGAGAUAUAA